AUGGACUAUGUAUUUCGAGGGGAUGCAUCCUUGUUGCAGAACAUCUCAGAUGCUACUAAUGUUAUUGAGUUUGUUACCUCACCAAACAAUCCUGAUGGCCAGCUGAAUAAGGCAAAUGUUCAAGGUCCAAAUGCCAAAGCAAUCUAUGAUCGUGUCUAUUACUGGCCACAUUUUACAGCAAUUCCUACUCCAGCAAAUGAUGAUAUCAUGAUAUUUGCAAUUUCUAAGCUCACUGGCCAUGCUGGUAGCAGAUUCGGGUGGGCUGUGGUAAAGGAUGAGUCUGUGUUCCAAAAGAUGGCCAUGUAUACGCUCAUAGAUAGCAUGGGUAUUUCUCGAGAUGCUCAGCUGAGAGCUUUGAAGGUUUUGAAUGUAGUCCUUGAAGGGGGAGGAAAGGAUAUUUUUGAAUUCGGAUAUAACACUAUGAGAAAGCGUUGGGAAAAAUUGAGCAACGUCCUCUCUGUAUCAAAUCGCUUUAGUCUGCAAAAAUUUGCACCCAAACACUGCACCUUUUUCAAGAAAACUAGAGAACCUUCACCAGCUUAUGCAUGGGUGAAGUGCGAAAGGGAAGAGGAUAAAGAUUGCUAUGCAGUCCUCAAAGAAGAAGCCAACGUUUACGGGCUUAGAGGUUCUCAGUUUGGUGCUGAAGAUCGAUUUGUGCGUCUCGCCCUCAUAAGGAGCCAAGAUGAUUUUGAUUUAUUGCUUCAACGACUCAACCAAUUAGUCUUGGAAGAAAAGUCAUCGGCAAAGCUAUUUUGUCCACGAUUUGAAGACAAAUUAGCCACAAGUACUAGGCUUAAUAUCACCAAACGUUCUUAA